AUGGGCGCAUUAUACCGCUGGACGCGGGUGCGUUCGCUCGCCCUCGCCCUUGUUACUAUCGUCUGUCUCGUCUACAUACUAGACACGGUCUGGCUCCACCCGCGGACGGAAACCGCUAUGCUUGAGCGCUAUAUGAACCUCGAAGAUGUCGCCCCACCGCCCGUGACGUCGAAAUCAAGCUUCGACUGGUCCGCCGUCAACUUCAAGUACCCGCCGCAAACGCCGCUGACACCCGUCCCGGCCAGCCCCGGCAAGGGUUCCUCCCUGCCCCGGAUCCAGCACCGCUUCCUGUCCGAGUCCAUCUCGGCCUCUCGGGUCCGCGAAGCCCGUCGCCAAGAGGUCCGUAAGCUAUUCCUGAAGAAUUGGGCAAGCUACAAGGAGUUCGCUUGGAUGAAGGACGCGCUCAAUCCCAUUUCCGCCACUGCAAAGGACCAAUUCUCCGGAUGGGCUGCCACCCUCGUCGACUCGCUCGACACACUGUGGAUCAUGGGCCUCAAGUCCGAAUUCGACGAAGCCGUUGCAGCCGUCGCGAGAAUCGACUUUAGCUCGUCCUCCUCGAGCCGUGUCAACACUUUUGAGACCAACAUCCGCUACCUCGGCGGUCUCAUGGCUGCGUACGACCUCAGCAGGCGACCCGUCCUGCUGGACAAGGCCGUUGAGCUGGGCAACAUGCUCUACGGCGCCUUCAACACUGAGCACCGCAUGCCCGUCGACUUUAUGAACUUCGAAGACGCCAAGACCGGAAAAGGUCUCAUUGUUGAAGGCUCUGUUGUGUCUGCCUCUCCCGGGACGCUGUCUCUUGAGAUGACACGUCUGUCCCAGCUCACUGGCGACCCAAAAUACUACGACGCCGUGGCAAAGGUCAUGGACCUCUUUCACAAUGGUCAGCAAAAGACCAAGCUGCCCGGCAUAUGGCCCAUGUACGUCUCCAUGAGCAACCGCGACGUCGUCUCGGGCUCAACCUUCACCAUUGCCGGCUGCGCCGACUCGCUAUACGAGUACCUCCCCAAAAUGAUGGCCCUCCUCAACGGCCGUGAGCCGAAAUACCAAACCAUGACGGAAAACUUCCUCAAGGCAGCCAACGAGUCGCUCUUCUUCCGUCCAAUGCUGCCCGGCGAGGAGAACGUGCUCAUCUCGGGCAACGUCAAUGUCGACAAUGACGGGCAAAAGAAACUCGACCCGGAGAGCGAGCACCUGGCUUGCUUCAUCGGCGGCAUCUACGCCCUCGCCGGCCGCAUCCUGGGCAAAGAGGAGUGGGUGAAAGUCGGCGGCCGCCUGACGCUGGGGUGCUACUACGCCUACCAGGCCAUGCCCACGGGCAUGAUGCCAGAGCGCUUCAACAUGGUCGCCUGCGACCGGAGGGAUGACUGCAAGUGGGAUGAGGACAAGUGGGAGGCUGGAAAGAAGCUACGGCCCGAAUACAAGGAGCACCUGCCCAAAGGCUUCACGACGGCAAAGGACCCGCGAUACAUCCUCCGCCCGGAGGCCAUUGAGAGCGUUUUCGUAUUGUACCGCAUCACGGGCGACAGAGGAUUCCAGGAAGCGGCAUGGGAGAUGUGGAAGGCCGUCAGCAACGGGACGCUGGUUGACCUUGGAAAUGCCGCUGUUCUGGACGUCACUCGGAAGCAGGAACCCUUGCCCAAAGAGGACUACAUGGAGAGUUUCUGGCUGGCGGAGACGUUGAAGUACUUCUACUUGGUCUUCUCACCCCCUGACCUCAUCAGUCUUGACGACUACGUCCUCAAUACUGAGGCACACCCCUUCCGGAGGCACCGCUGA